GUUGCUUCGGUUUCGCUUUAUCGCUGAAGUUUUAUUUUAGCAAGUCUUUCUGCAGCGUUUGUGCUACAGACAUGAAUGGUGCCUCAAAUCAAACCUUAAAGCAACGCCCAGGUAACCACCAACAAUAGCAGUGUUUUCAGUGUAAUUCCUGCAGUGAUGUUGUUUUGUAGGAUGGUCAUGUGAUCACCUCAGGUGUGUCAGUGUAAGAGGAGGCCAUAAGCUUGCCAUCAAUUAUUCAAAUGACGGAAGCUGAUUGGCUGCUGCAUGACUGGCGUUCCUGUACACCUGCCGUACACACACAGAGGAGCAUCAACCGUGUCUCUCUUCAUACACCAUCACACAAGAGUGUUCCAGAUCUGGUCAGAGGUCAAGAUGGUUUCUCCUGCGAUCGCUUUGGCUUUACUUCCUCUUUUACUCACGAUGAUUAUUCGUUAUCGCUAUUAUUUUGUGCUGCUGUAUCGAGCCGUUCUGAUCCGCUGGGUGCGGGACUGUUUAUCGGGCAUCAGUCGAGAGGAACGGGCCUAUCAGUACAUUCUGACCCACGCCAUGCCCGGUGACCCCGAGAGCAUCCUGGACACCUUUGACCAAUGGUGCAGCAAAGUUGAGUUUAUAAGCAACAUCGGGCCCAAGAAAGGUAAGAUUCUGGACCGAUUACUACAGGAACACUGUCCGCUCACUGUGCUGGAACUGGGCACUCACUGCGGGUACAGCACUGUACGGAUGGCGCGUUCCCUGCCGAUGGGUGCUCGAAUCUACUCUGUCGAAAUGGACGAGCGAAACGCAGUGGUGGCCGAAAAGAUCAUUCGUCUGGCGGGCUUUGAUGACGACAUGGUGGAGCUGAUCGUUCGCCCAUCGGAUGAAGUGAUCCCGCGCUUGCGCGAGGACUACGGUGUAGAGUGUUUAGAUUUAGUGUUCAUGGAUCACUGGAAGCGCUGUUACCUGCCCGACUUGCAGCUGUUAGAGGGUAGCGGUCUGCUCGGAGAGGGUUCGCUCAUCGUAGCCGACAACGUCAUUUUUCCUGGAGCGCCAAACUUCCUGCGACACGCCCGGCGCUCGGGUCUGUACGAGGUCAGAGUUCACCGUGCAACACUGGAAUACAUCCGCGGUAUCCGUGAUGGAAUGGCCGAACUGACGUUCCUCGGGAUAAAGUGAAAACGUUUGUCCCAAACGAACAGCGAACAGUUUAAGCUGCCAACUAUUGAAUGUUCGCAUCGGAUGAUUGACGAGACAUGAGAUGAAACGUAUGUCAUUAUUGAGACCAUCAUUCACAGCGCCCUCCAGUUGUUCCAUGUGCCAAGGCUUUAAGGAAAACUUCCCCCAAAAAGGAAAAUUCUGCCUUAAUUUACACACCCUCAUUUAGCUCCAAAUUCUAUGUUGAUAUUUAUUAGUGAAACGUCAAUUUGUUUUUAAAGAAUAUGUUGGGGCUCUAUUUUUCAUGAGCGCGCAAAGUGCAGAGCUACAUGCUACGAGUCGUAGCUCUGCACUUUGUGCGCAUCCAGGGUGUGCUGAGUGACUCCAGUCAGGUCUCCUUAGCAACCAAAUUGUCCCGGUUGCUAGGGAGAGUCUGGGUAUCUCAGCGAGUAUUGAUGCUGAGUAUCACACCUGGAGUCAUGAGUUUGAAUCAAAGGCAUGCUGAGUGACUCCAGUCAGGUCUCCUUAGCAACCAUAUUGGGCCGGUUGCUAGGGAGGGUAGAGUCACAUGGGGUAACCUCCUCGUGGUGGUGAUUAGUGGUUCUCUCAAUGGGGCGUGUGGUGAGUUGUGUGUGGAUCGUGGAGAGUAGUAUGAGUCUCCACAUGCUGUGAGUCUCCGCGGUGUCAUGCACAAGGAGUCACGUGAUCAGAUGCGCGGAUUGACGGUCUCAGAAGUGGAGGACACUGAGAUUCAUCCUCCGCCACUCGGAUUGAGGCGGGUAACCGCGCCACCACUAGGACCUGCUAAGUAGUGUGAAUUGGGCAUUCCAACAUUGGGAGAAAAGGGGAUACAAACAAGUGUUUUAAUUAUUAUUAUUGUUUAAGCUAUAUUCACAAUUACAUUUAUAAUCUCAUAUAUAUUGGUAUUUUUCCACCUGUUGUCGUAGAGUGAUUGUGAAGUCACUGUAAAAGGGGCCGGUGGAAGGAGUUGGAUUUGGUUGACUGUUUUGACCACUUCAUUAUUUUGAUUAUAUUUUUGUUUGGUUUGAAGUGCAAUUCAUUUUGUGUAAAUAUUUUUGGUUACAUUUUUUGUGUUUCAAUAAAAAUGGACGGGUAGAAGUGAAGU